AUCUGAAAACGACAGACGACCCACGAUGACACAGCACUUAAAAUUGCUGCUAGAUUGUCCUGUUGUAAUUGCUGCCGUUCUUGUGUGUGGUAUUGGUGGAACAUUUCAAUAUGGAUACAGCAUGUCUGUGAUGACCUCUCCCUCUGAUUUUAUAAAGGAGCUGGUGAACAAAACCUGUGAGCACAGAUACGGUCUCUCCCUGGAGCCAUGGCAGCUCUCACUCAUAUGGUCUUUCACAGUGUCCAUUUUCUGUAUUGGGGGUUUACUGGGGUCGCUGGCAGCUGGUCCACUGGCAUCAAAAUUUGGCAGAAAGCGAUGCCUGUUGUUAAACAAUUUUGUGGCUAUGUUUGGAGCUGUGUUGAUGCUCUUGAGUAAAACAGCCAUGUCUUUUGAGAUGAUCAUGGCAGGGCGAUUUCUCUAUGGCAUUAAUUCAGGAUUCAGUCUUUUACUUCAUGUGAUGUACCUCAUUGAAUGCACUCCCCGCAAGCUGAAAAGUAUGGUUGGCGUGACCGUUGGUUCCUUCAUGUCUUUGGGGAAGUUCACUGGUCAGCUGCUGGGGAUCAGUGAGUUGCUUGGCACAGAGACGUUGUGGCCCUGGCUGCUUGGUUUCAGUGGUUUCAUUGCGUUGUUUCAACUCCUCACCCUGUUCUUCCUGCCAGAAUCCCCCAGCUUUCUGUUGUUGGACAGAGGAGACCAUCAGGCCUGUGAACAAGCUUUAAAGCAGCUCUGGGGCAACAAGGACUACAGCAGAGAGGUAGAGGAGAUGUUGGAAGAGAAAGCUGCCCUGCAAAAUGUUCGCAACUACUCAGUGUUGGAGCUGAUUCAGAACAAAACAGUCCGCUGGCAGCUGAUGACUGUCUGUGUAAUGUUCACCACAAUACAGCUGUGUGGUGUCAAUGCUGUGUACUUUUAUUCUUUUGAUGUGUUUCGUGCAGCAGGAAUCCCAGAAGACAAGUUACGAUAUGCAGCCUUGGGGACAGGGCUCUGUGAAGUGUCCACCACUGUAGCCUGUUUCACGAUUAUUGAGAGAACAGGAAAAAAAGCCCUGUUGUUCAGAGGGUACACAGGAAUGUCUUUGGUACUGAUUCUCCUCACCAUCACUGUGUACUUGCAAACUCAGGUCUCCUGGAUGCCGUACUGCAGCAUGGUCCUCAUUUUCCUCUUUAUAUUCUUUUUUGCCUCUGGUCCAGUUGGAGUAACACCUCCUCUUCCAGGGGAUGUCUUUGCUCAGGCUUUCAGAUCAGCUGCAUACACAAUCGCUUGGACAAUCAACUGGGGUGGCCUGUUUUUGCUUGGGAUGGUCUUCCCCAUCAUAGUGGAGAAACUGGAUUACUUCUGCUUUCUUAUUUUUCUCUUUUUUUGCCUCGGCUGUGCGAUUUAUGUGAAAUUCAACGUCCCUGAGACCAAAAAUAAGACGCCGCUGGAGAUCGCUGCAGAGUUUGAGAAGAUGCACUGCAAACCCAAACUGAAAGACUUCACUGAGAAGAAAGUCAGUGGAAUCAUAUCAUAUGAAACCAAACUGUGA